GAAGUGCGCUGGCCAGAGGUGACUGGUUUCCGGCCCGUGGUGCAGCACCGGCUUCCCGGAGACGUGUAACGGACGAGGGGCCGCGGCCAUGGCCGAGAGGAAGAGUAACGGCGGCGGCGCCUCCACCUCCUCGGCGGGCACUAACUUACUCUUCUCCUCCUCGGCCACGGAGUUCAGUUUCCACGUGCCCUUCAUCCCCGUCACGCAGGCGGCGGCCGCCUCGGCCUCCCUGCUGCUGCCCGGAGAGGAUGCCACAGAUGUUGGUGAGGAGGACAGCUUCCUUGGUCAGACGUCGAUGCACACGUCCACCCCACAGACAUUUAGUUACUUCCCUCAGGUAUCAAGCAGCAGUGAUCCUUUUGGGAACAUUGGACAGUCACCCUUAACAAUGACAGCAACAUCGCUUGGACAGUCCACAUUCUCUAGGCCCCCGCCUGCUCUGCCUUUUACAACGGGGUCCCAAGACGGGGUGAAUGCGUUUCCACCAUCUGUUUCAAAGGCUCCAUAUGGUGCUCCACCUUCCUCGCAGAUGGAAACCAAUACUUACUUGCCUUCUCAGCCCAGCAGUCUCCCUCCUUCAAGUUUUGGGAUUCCACCUCAAGGAAAACCCCAACACGGAUACAACCCCUAUCGCCAUACCCCUGUUAGCAGCAGGGCGAAUCCCUAUAUCACUCCCCCACAGCUGCAGCAGAGCCAAACGCCAGGCCAUCCCUUCCAUCCUCCACCCUCCGGACCUCCUGUGCAGACCUACCAGAUGCCGCCAGGGCCUUUGCCACCGGUUCCUCCUUCAGUACAGUCACCAGCACAGCAGCAGGUGCUUGCUAGACCUGCAGGCCCCUCUAUGCAGGGACCACCUCCUUUUGUACUUCAGAACCAGUAUGAACCAGUUCAGCCCCACUGGUUUUACUGUAAGGAAGUGGAAUACAAACAACUAUGGAUGCCUUUCAGUGUGUUUGACUCUUUGAAUCUUGAAGAAAUCUACAAUUCAGUCCAGCCAGACCCAGAGAGCGUGGUUCUAGGCACAGAUGGAGGGCGCUAUGACGUUUACCUCUAUGACCGGGUGAGGAAAGCCGUGUAUUGGGAUGAGGAACCAACCGAAGUGAGGCGCUGUACUUGGUUUUACAAGGGGGACACCGACAGCAGAUUUAUUCCCUAUACAGAGGAGUUCAGUGAAAAACUAGAGGCUGAGUACAAAAAAGCUGUUACCACAAAUCAGUGGCACCGAAGAUUAGAGUUUCCAAGUGGCGAGACCAUCGUUAUGCACAAUCCAAAGGUUAUUGUGCAGUUCCAGCCUUCCUCAGUGCCUGAUGAGUGGGGAACUACCCAGGAUGGACAGACCAGGCCCAGGGUUGUAAAGCGAGGGAUUGAUGACAGUCUGGAUGAGAUUCCUGAUGGGGAAAUGCCUCAGGUUGACCAUUUGGUGUUUAUGGUGCAUGGCAUUGGACCUGUGUGUGAUUUGCGCUUUAGAAGCAUUAUUGAAUGUGUGGAUGAUUUUAGGGUAGUUUCUCUGAAAUUGCUGCAGACACAUUUCAAGAGAUCUUUAGAUGAUGGGAAGAUCAGCAGAGUGGAGUUCCUUCCAGUUCCCUGGCACGGCGCCUUGGGUGGGGAUGCCACAGGCGUCGACAGGAAUAUUAAGAAAAUUACUUUGCCAAGUAUUGGCCGGUUUCGUCACUUUACCAAUGAAACCUUGCUAGAUAUUUUAUUUUAUAACAGCCCCACCUACUGCCAGACAAUUGUGGAAAAAGUGGGAAUGGAGAUAAAUCGUCUCCAUGCCCUCUUCAUGAGUCGGAACCCUGACUUCAAAGGAAAAGUCUCUGUUGCAGGUCACAGUUUAGGUUCUUUAAUAUUGUUUGAUAUCCUAUCUAAUCAAAAAGAUUUGAAUAUCUCAAAGUCUCCGGGGCCUGCAACUAUUGCUAAUGGAGUUGUGAAGCAGCUGAAUUUUCAAGAAAAGCAGAUGCCUGAAGAGUCAAAGCCGCCUUUGGAUGAAUCGUGUGACCUUGAUGUUGAAAAUGAAAAAGUUCUAACUUUGCAAGAAACUCUAGAAGCACUUAGCCUCUUUGAAUAUGUUAGCACUUUUGAAAAAGAAAAGAUUGAUAUGGAAUCUCUGCUCAUGUGUACAGUUGAUGACCUGAAGGAAAUGGGGAUACCUCUUGGACCCAGGAAGAAGAUAGCUAAUUUUGUAAAACGUAAAGCAGCCAAACUGGAACAGAAAAAAGCAGCAUUGGAGAAGAAGGCAGUGAUGGCCACUUUGACAAAAGGACAAGAUGAGAGUGCUCAGAAAGCCAAAGAACUGGCUUCUCUGCCUUCAGAGUCGAACGAGUCAAAGAAGAAACUUCCAGUCGGUGCUUAUGUGUCUUCUGUGCGUGUUGAUUAUGAGUCUUUUGAAGUUGGCACAGGACAGGUUUCUGUUUCUUACAAUUCACUAGACUUUGAACCAGAAAUUUUCUUUGCCUUGGGAUCUCCAAUUGCUAUGUUUCUCACUAUCCGAGGAGUGGACAGGAUAGCUGAGAACUACAGGCUUCCAACUUGUAAAGGAUUCUUCAAUAUUUAUCAUCCACUUGAUCCAGUGGCAUAUAGAUUAGAGCCUAUGAUUGUUCCAGAUUUAGACACAAAAGCAGUUCUCAUUCCACAUCACAAAGGCAGAAAAAGACUUCAUUUAGAGUUGAAAGAAAGUCUCUCUCGGAUGGGAUCUGAUUUGAAGCAGGGUUUUAUUAGUUCUCUGAAAAGUGCUUGGCAAACGCUAAAUGAAUUUGCCCGCGCACAUACUUCUUCAGCUCAGUUGCAAGAAGAAUUGGAGAAAGUCGCCAAUCAAAUCAAAGAGGAAGAAGAAAAGCAAGUAGUUGAAGAAAAGAUUGUUGAAAGUCCAGAUUUUUCCAAGGAUGAAGACUACUUAGGAAAGGUUGGAAUGUUAAACGGAGGCCGCCGAAUUGAUUAUGUUCUUCAAGAAAAGCCAAUAGAGAGUUUUAAUGAAUAUCUUUUCGCUCUUCAGAGUCAUUUAUGCUAUUGGGAAUCUGAAGAUACUGCCCUUUUGUUACUUAAAGAAAUUUAUAGGACAAUGAACAUUAGUCCGGAGCAGCCUCAGCAUUGAUCAGACUUCUAUUUUUUGGUGAAGUUCCAGUUUAAAUUAUGUUGCUAAGAGGAUCUUCAGAGGCUGUUCUGUUUGCUCCUGUUCCUGUGAUGGGUGACAACAGUUGCUCAGAUGCAAUUCUCAGAUGUAGAGAUUCAUUUAAAAGAAAAUGCACAGAACGAAAAUCUAGUGAAAAGAAUCAGUACCACAUUUGGAUAAUAUAGAUGAAAAAAUACAACUAUAAAAAUGAUGCAAUGAAAACUUCCUCAGAUCUGUUUAGUUACAUAUGAUAUCAAUGAAGAAAUACUUGUAGCAUGCAAAUGGUUGUUUCUAUUUUUACAAAACUAUUGUCAGUGGGCUUACCUUUUUCUUUUAUUAGUGCAGUAUGGACUUGUUGAGAAACUAUAGAAACAUGAUUUUUAGAAAUUGUAUGUAGUGCUCUAAAUGUGAAUUGUAGUUAUGAGCUGCUUUGAUGCAGGGUCCUUCUGUUUGUGAUGAGGUAGGUCUGAGGUCUCAUAUUCCAAGCUGGGUCUGUGGUCUGUAACGCUUCAUGCCCGUUGAGAGUCUGGCUAUGGAGGAGGUAAUGGCUCUCCUAGCUCCAGGGGAUGAGGCGGCAAGUGACAAGCUCUCAUUUUGUCACCUGAAGUAGCAGAGCUACACAUCAUUGCUGAAGUUCCACUUAAUGUGAGAACCAAAGUAGAAGUUCGUGCUUUUUGAUUCAUAUUAAUUUCUCUUAUACCAAAGCAUUUGAAAGGAUGAAAUGUACUGCUUUUAGGCUGUAAAAUUACUUCAUGAAAAGACUGCUCUAUAAUAUUUCACUUUGUUUUACUAUAAAUUCAAAUGAUCUAAAUAUUUUCCUAAUAUAUAGGAAUAGUGAUUUUCUUCUUUUAUUAGGUAAUAGAAAACUUGACGUUGUUUACAUAGUUCUCAUGGAACAUGAAAUUUUUUGGAAGUGACAUGAUACACAUUUUUUUGUGUAUAUAUCCUAAUUAGUGUGAAUAAACAGUAACAUUGAUACAUUUUUUUAGGCAGCAACCUUCUGUAUUUCUCAUGUCUUCCUUAAAGUAUUUGUGUGUUUAGUGUUCAUUCUGUUUUCAUUGUUAGUAGCUACUGUGUUGUGCUAACCCAGAACUUCAGCAUUGCUGCUCGUUAGAACAGGAAGGGUUUAGAGCUUUAGUUGACCCCAGACAACAUAGAUUCCAACCACCUCAUUGUCUAGCUGUGGACACGACACUAAACGCCUCUCCUAGGCUGGAGGUGGCAGUCUGGGCUGAAGCAUAGUUUUCUUGACCCCCUUUUGGCCUUCAUUUCUUUAUACCAGGAUAAUCACUUUUCACCUUCAUUUCCUAAUACUGAUGAAGUAAAAGUACAUGAGGGUUAUUUAUGUAUAUUUUAAUAAAACCCAGUUUGACCUUUCCAA